GGCCAAUCAAUAAAUGAUACUUUACACGGGGGAUAGGGGCGAGAGGUCUCCGUUUAUGCUUACAUAAUUGACUUUGUGUCGGCUUGACAACCAGUUUUUUUUGGCUUAAGUUUCUUGUCCGAUCACCUGUCAAUUUGCUGUUUGUUAAUCAGGCGACAAGAUGGCUUCCGGAAUAGCAGAACACCACGAAGCCCUGCGUCGGCAGAACAUGUUGAACCGACGUGCGUACAUAACGAAACAGCUGAUGGAGAAGUACGGGGACGACUAUGUGCCGGACUAUCAGGUGGUGUACCCACGCAACACGUACACCGAGGAACAGCAGUCCGAUCCAAAGAUGACUAUCAGAAAGAUGGGCAGUCCACCGGGAAUGUCUGAUUACAAGGCACCAAUCACUGACAAACUGCGUCGUGACCAAGUUAGAGAACAGGAAAUGGCCGAAUAUACAGCAAAGCUGCCUGAUCGCUUUAGGUCAAUAAACUACGUUCAACAGUGGUGAAAGGCAUUCGCUAUGGACACUAGAAGAAACUGGCCGUGAAGUUUUACCCAAACUGGCUGUGAAGUUUUACCCAAACUGGCUGUGAAGUUUUACACAAACUGGCUUUGAACUUUUUUACACAAACUAGCUGUGAAGUUUUAUUUUUAAAAAAACUGGCUGCAAAAUUUUACAGAAACUAGCUGUGUACUUUUACGCCUGUGAAGUUUUAAAAAAAUUGGUUGCGAGGUUUUGCAGAAAUCAAUUAGAUUUUGCUUACACACCUUAGUUGUAUGUUCUACCAGAGUAUGAAACUUGUUAAAGUCAACAGAAAGUUUAAACAAGUUACAAAUAAGUAACAGUUGACUACAUGAACACAUUUUAAAAUGGUUGUAGGUAACAAAUUUGUACGUCCGAGCCCUGUAUGUGUUUUUUUUAUGUCGACAAGGUUUUGUUAUUAGUAUUAUUUAAGAUUGUUGAGCAGUGUGAUUAAUAAGUCUGAUUUGGAAGGAAUGUGUUCUAGUUCUUUCUCAGGUUUUUUUUUUACUUGACGGCCAGUAAAUACCCAAUGUUGUUAGUUAUUAAUCGCAAAGACUUGCAUUUUAAUUAGCAGGCUCACUUCACAGGGAACGUUUUGUUCAGUACUGCAUCGCGAUUUGCUAUGCAAAUUUAACGAUAUUGCUACAUAUUAUGUUAAAUAAUAGUUGCUAAUCAAAUUUUUUAAAACAAAAUAUUCCGUUUCACAAUCUGACAAUAUCUGUGUCAUUAAAUAUCAGUAUUAUUUUAAUAUAUCAUGUUUGCAUAUCUGUGAUACAGUGUAUAUAGUAUUAUAUAUUUAUAUUGUUGUAGUGUAAUUUUCAAGCAAUUUGUUUGUUUUUCGUGUGUUUUUUUUGUUUGUUUCAUUGUUUGCUUUAUUUAAAAAAAAGUGUUUUGUAGUUCACUAUAUAUUUAUGUUUUAUGUAUUUAAUCACAAUUUCAUCAUGGACAAAUUUCAAAAUGGUGGUGGUUGUUUGUUUUUUUUUGCCAUCAGCAUCGGUUAAUUAAAUUCGAUUGGCAAAAGAUUUGAUACAGUUUAAUAAGCUAUGAUGGACCAAAACACGUGUUUGCAUAAAGUAUUGCAUGUAUAUUCCCUAUUAAACAAGGAAAGUUUGUUCCUGUAGUACCAGUACAGGUUUUGCACUGUUCAAGGAUAAAUACCAACGACCCAAUUCUUGUUUCAGCAAAACAUGGCUAUAACUAACUGAGUUCAUGUUAGAAAUAACAAAAGUACUGGCCAAUUUCUCUUGAAAAAACCUCGAAAGGGCAUACAUUUUUGUGUUCUGGAGUCGAUUCACACCAGGAAAAAUAAUUUAUUUCCCAGGGAACUUCUGGAACUUCUGGAAUUCUUACUGAUGAUGAUGAUGAUGAUGAUGAUGAUGGUUUAUUUGUAUGUUUUGUUUCUUGUUUGCAGAUGUUUUGGUUAUGUAUUUUACCUCUGGGUUUUUAAUCAACGUUUUAAUUAACCAAUUUUAUGUCUUUCUAAAAUAUGUUAAUAUUUUAGUUUGCCAUUUUAAUCAGAACACUAGUAGUUUUUCUGUCUUUGUUUUGUUAUGAAUUUCUUGUUCUGUGCAUUUCACUAUUUUUGUGUGUCAAGAAAUCAAAAUUUAUAUGUCAAUGUUUUCACUGUUUUAAAGUCUGAAAUAAAUGCGCUUUUUUUUU